GCUGAAGAAAUUUCUGUGUAAACAAAGUUUGAAAGGCCACUCUUCAGUGAUCAGUUUGGGAGAAGCGUAGUUGGCUAAGCUAUCAGUUUCUGAAGAAUUUAAAGUCCUGGUUCUAGCCUGAAAAAAAGGACAUGGUGUUGCAAAAGUGGUAUGGCCUCUGGUACUUUACUAUCCAUGUUGGACAAGAAAAGAACCUAGAUGGAUUCUUAUGCCAAGUUGAUUUUGUGGAACUGGCAGCUGGAAGAAAUGUCUUACUUUUGAAGUUGAAACAGUUGAUGUGUGAUAUCAUUUAGAAACAAUGAACAUGGAUUACAAUGCCAUAUUUAAGCAAAAUGGAACCAUACUUCUGCAAUAGCGGAAGAAGUGGAUGCUAUACUAGCAUGAGAGUGAUCCAAAACAGAGUUUGGGGGAAACAAGCACACAGCCAUCAUCCUCAUCCUUGCAGCAGCCAGGAGCUUGAGAGAGGCUAGAUCAGAAAAAUGCUAUCACAGUAGACUUAUAGGUGGAGGAAGAAGGCUCCUUUUCAGCAGUCAGAGAGAGCAAACUCAAGAUACUUUUCCAGAGGCUGAUGGAGAUGGAGUUCAAGAGUGAAUCACUGGUGGUUUGUGAUGUUGCUGAAGAUCUGGUGGAAAAACUGAGAAAAUUCAGAUUUCGAAAAGAAACCAACAAUGCUGCCAUUAUAAUGAAGAUUGACAAGGAUAAGCAGCUGGUGGUACUGGAUGAGGAGCAUGAGGGCAUUUCCCCUGACGAACUGAAAGAUGAGCUGCCUGAGAGACAACCUCGAUUUAUUGUGUAUAGUUACAAGUAUCAGCAUGACGAUGGAAGAGUUUCCUAUCCGUUGUGUUUUAUCUUCUCCAGUCCAGUUGGAUGCAAGCCUGAACAACAGAUGAUGUAUGCUGGGAGCAAGAAUAAGCUUGUACAGACAGCUGAACUCACUAAGGUAUUUGAAAUAAGAAACACAGAAGACCUAACUGAAGAAUGGCUGCAUGAGAAACUGGGCUACUUUCAUUAAGUGAACCUCUGUAUUGAAUAUUUAUAUGCCAUCCUGACAAUACUGGAACCAGUCAUGAAUACGUAUGCCUAAAAAUGCACUGUAUUUACAGCAGUUUCCUGUAGUGUAGUAUAGUUCUUGUACAAAGUUUGGGCAAGGAGAGGAAAAUUAGUCUCCUUGAAGUAAAACUUUGCCAAGUGUUUCCUUGUGUAUAACUAUGAAAAGGAAUACUUCUCUGCAGGGAUUCUCUUUUUUUUCUUUUUUUUGCACUCUUGUGACUAAUAUUUCUGUAAUCGCAUACUACAGUUCAGAAACUGUUAACUACUUACAGACUUCAUUUGGAAGCUGACACUAACUUUCCAGAGCUGCAAAUGCAUCCUUUUGACAAAUACUGUAUAAUAGCAGUUUGUGUUAAAAUAGCAUAUUGUCACUUGUUAAAUUUGAGAAUUUUUUUUACUUUUUAAUGGCUCUUGAAUUUCCCAAAUUAAAGUCUGUGGAAGUGUUGAUAUUAAAUGGAAACUAAGUAUUUAUAUGACAAAAUAACUUAACCCGAAGAAAAUUCUUUUUAGAACUUUUCAGGACUGAUACCUUAAUUGUAAUAAGUAUCUAAGUUGAUUGAGAGUCCAUCUUGCAGGGUAUAGUUCCAUGAGAACUAGCCAGUCAUACAAUAGACUUAUAGAAACUAAUUUAACUCUUAAGGGCUUAAUUACAAUAUUGAUUACAUGCAUCUGGAUUUUUACAUGCAAGAUUUUAUAUUGGAUAAUUAUAAAUUAACCUGUUAUACAAACACCUGUUAAUACUGCGUGCCUUUAAUUUGUUAGCUUUAAAAGGACUAAAAAUUUUACACUGCUAUUUGUUGCAAAUUUGGUGAAAACUAGCCUUUUGUUAAAUUGUCUAAGUAACAUGUUUUCUAAUGCCUAGUGGUACAAUUAAGCAUUUGUAAAAUAAAACACAUCUUGACUUAAAAUGCCAGCUAUCUGCUCCCAUCAGUAAAGACCUGGGAGUGCAGGAGUUCAAAGCUCUUAACAUCUUGAAUGACUUAGAGUAGUCUGAUGGGUUUUUUUUUCUUUUUGUUUGUUGAGAAACCUUAGCCAUAUAUAGACCUUGUAUCUUUUUUUGAUGAAAGAAGGUCUCCUAGCUUAAUUGUCAGUCAAAACUACAUUCCAAUUAAAUCUGCACAUGAGUAACCUCAUUCAGUCUUUGAGCUUCAUCUUUUUGGUAAAACAGCAAAAAUUCAAAUAUGAAAAUUGUACUUUUUUAUAAUCUAUCUUAAAAACUAACAUUUUUAAAGGUUCUGCUUUUAUAUAAAAGUAGAAUAGUAGUUCUGAGUUGGGAUAUCCUCUUUAGCCUAUGCAGUGGCAAACAGGUACUCCUGUGACAGCAUCUCUGUUAUGACUCGCAUGAGUGUUUGUCAUGCUACCGAAUAAGUGACUUUUCAAGAGCAGCUUCCAGUCAUGAACAGCCGUAUCUUACAGUAUAGAUGCUCUAAUGUGUAUGUUUUUGGUGAAGAGGAGUGAAUGAAUCUGUUAAAUUGGGAGGCCAUUAUUUCAUUCUGUAAAACCUUUGCUGGAAGAAUUCAUGUGUUUGCCACACACAUGCUGCGUAAGAGUAUUAAACAUGAAUAUGUUUAAGACCACCCCAUGAUCCAGACAGUUCUCUUCAGUGGCAGCGAUUCAUGUUUAGAUUGGCUUAUUGAUUGAUUUAUUCCUCCUUCAGACACAAAUCACUCAGACAUAAGGGAGCUUUUCUGUGUCUGCAGCUUGUGAUGUGAUUGAAAGAUCAUUAGUUCAGUGUUGGCAAAAUGACUUUAACUGGAGGAAAUAAGAUCCUUAUGUUGAUAUAUCGAACUGGAACAACAUUAUUUCCUCAUUUCCCUGGACAGAACACAUAUUGAUUGUAUGUCUUUGUCUGUCUUAUGUGCUACAGAUCAAUAGAAGCAAUUGCUUUAGUGGCAGACUUGUAUAAAUAAGGCGUUAGUCUUUAAAUUGACAUGGCUUUCAAAAGCAGUUUAAAAAAUCAGACUUGAAGUUCUUGCUUCAUGUAUUGCAUGAACUGUGAGCCAUUGAUGUCAAUAUCCAGUAGAGCAGAAAGAAGCUGCCCCUUGUGCGUGGGCCUAUGACAGUCUAUAAAAUUCAGGCUAGCUUGCUGUGGGAAAACUGGAUUUGUAGCCCUCCGAACCAAGCCAGUGUUUUUUGUACGUAUUGGUCUGGCAGGAAUCACUUUACUACUUGCACAGGGAAGAAUGCUCAUAAAAGGGGGAACUUGCCCCACCAAGAAAAGUGAUCAUAAGGUUUUUUGAGAUGAAAAUAAGGGAUUUUCUACAGUAAACCUAUAACUGUACUUACGAUUUAAGUGAUUCUGAGAGUCACCUGUAGUUUCACCAAUUCUCUGCAUGUUGUCUCCUCCUGCCUUCCCUAUACCAAGAGCACUUUCUCCUCUUCAGUUCUUUUCAGUCCCUUCUUCAGCACUUCCCCCUACUGCAGAUCAAGGCAGAAAGAAUGUCUAUCUUCUAAUGUCCCUCUACUGCACCUUCUAUCCCAUAGUCUUCCCUCUUGUACUGCUCCUCACACCUCCUUUGCCUACUUCCCAGGCAUGUGGACUUGACCGCUCUGAAGAUCUGAUGUGAGGAUUAGGGCCCACACACGCAACAGAUUCCUAAAAGCCAUGGUGGGCCAGGCCUCAGUGUUGCUCUGUAUAUUUGUAGGGGUCAGGCAUUGUCUUUGUCCUUUAUUUUUCUCAGAUCUGCAGUGAAAGGCUAGGGAGGAAAGUAACUGCAGUUACUAGGAGACAGAGUCUUUGCAGACAACAGCUGCUGUUGUAGGGCUAGUCUGUCUUGACAGAUACAAUAUGUACUGUACAGUCUCCAGCUGCUCACUGUCCCAGUUUUCAGGGUCCCAGGCCUGACUCUGAGAGUGGAUAGUGUGCACAACUAUAGUAACUACAAAGGCAUAACUAGCCCUGUUCAAUUAUAUCCUGUGGACAUGAGAUUUGCUGUCAUAUCACUAACCACCCAAUCUUGUUAGAAAUGCCUCAUUCCAGUCACCCACUCAGCCUGUAUAUUCAAACUUCUUAUUGUUAGUUUAAUUUAAGCCUGACCAGUGUAACCAAAUUCCUCUCAUCUGCCAGUGUUUCGGAGAUCUUGAAAGAGGACAAAACAUUGGGCAGAGGAGUGCUUUAAUUGUAAUGACACUUCUUCACCUUUGCAACUAGUCAGCCAGCAUUUUCUAUUAGAAACAUUUUUCAGGAGUACGUAACUCAGCCAUAAAACGUUCCCUGGCUAGAAACUUUAUUAAGAGGUCAUGACACUACCUUAGAGGUCUCCAACAGGUGGAGGUUUUCUGCCAUGCUUUAAUUUGGUGGUUGUACAUUUUACAGAGGUAUAUAUGGCAGGGUGGGGGAAUAGCUCUUAUAACCCCAGAUGUGAAGAAAAGCCAAAUUGACUAAAGCAUGAGAGUUCUGGCAUGUUUUCACUUUGUAAAAUGGACUGAUGCAAUUGGAAAUGUUUGUGAAAAAACUUAAACACAACAUUUGGUGGUUUAAAAGUAGUUCUAGUACUAGGUAUGCCUCCCUUGAUAAACCAGAAUGUCAGUAAUGCUGGGACCUACACCUUUCAAUGUAUUGUGUAAAGGUGCCUUGAACAUUUCCACUGAGCUCACACUUCUGUGUCUUCAGCUAGACAAUAAUGUUAAGGGUCUAAGAUCAAUGUGCAAAAGGAAACUCUGAUUUUAAAAAAUUCAUUCCAUGAUUGCUCAGCUGUGCUUUGUGAUGUAAGCACGUCUCAAAAUAUUCCCCUCUAACUGCACUAGUAGUUGUAAUGGCAUGGGAAUAAUGGCUUCCGUGGAAAGCCACUUUCUUUGUUUAUUAUGUUGGGCCAGGCGUAUGAUAUUACCUGUAUGUGUAUUGAUUGUGUAUGCCAAGGCAAGCUGCCAAUGCCGUAGAUGGGGAAAGACAUUUAGGAGAUUUGAAAUGUUGAUGGAAUUGUUAGAUUGGUAAUAUUGACCAUGUAACAGUUUGUUUCAAUAACUGGCACAAUUUCCAUAUGGUAUUUAGUCUUGGCUAGUUCAUUCUGCAUGUUUAUUUUUAAACCAAAACUUUUGCUAAGCAUGGUGCUUGUACUGGUUGAAAUAAAAUUGUGGAUCCACAAA